AGUCGCCCGCGGCUUGGCGCUCCGCGGCCCGCUCGCCGCCCCGCCCCGCCGCGGGACGGGUAACGGUUACGAAGCACUUUCUCGGCCGCGAUUUCUGCUUAGUCAUUGUCUUCCAGGAAACGGCUCCUCAGUUGUGAGUGAACUCUCUCCCUUGCGGCGGCCGCAGGAGCAGGAACCGCGGCCACUGGCGCAUCCUUCCCGGGCCGCCGCUCCGCCGCCGCCGCCGCCCGGCCGCCCUCGGGCCCGAGCGCAGGCCGGGGUCCCGCCGCGCGGGGCGAGCAGCCGCGCGCUCCGCUCUCCGGCCUGCGGGGCGGCCUCCUUCCCCAGCUGCGGCCCCGUCGCCGCCGGGCCCGCUCCGUCGGCCGCUGCUAUGGGCACUCACAGCCGCGCGGCCGGGGCGCUCCUGGCGCGGGCCAGCACCCUGCACCUGCAGACGGGGAACCUGCUGAACUGGGGCCGCCUGCGGAAGAAGUGCCCGUCCACGCACAGCGAGGAGCUUCGAGAUUGUAUCCAAAAGACCUUGAAUGAGUGGAGUUCCCAAAUCAGCCCGGAUUUGGUCAGGGAGUUUCCAGAUGUCUUGGAAUGUACUGUGUCUCAUGCAGUGGAAAAGAUAAAUCCCGAUGAAAGAGAAGAAAUGAAAGUUUCUGCAAAGCUGUUCAUUGUGGGAUCAAACUCUUCAUCAUCAACUAGAAAUGCAGUUGACAUGGCCUGUUCAGUCCUCGGAGUUGCACAGCUGGACUCUGUGAUCAUUGCUUCGCCUCCCAUUGAAGAUGGCGUUAACCUUUCCUUGGAGCAUUUGCAGCCUUACUGGGAGGAAUUACAAAACUUAGUUCACAGCAAAAAGAUCGUUGCUAUAGGCACCUCAGAUCUGGACAAGACCCAGUUGGAGCAGCUGUAUCAGUGGGCACAGGUAAAACCAAAUAGUAACCAAGUUAAUCUUGCCUCCUGCUGUGUGAUGCCGCCUGAUUUAACUGCAUUUGCUAAACAAUUUGACAUACAGCUGUUGACUCAUAAUGAUCCGAAAGAACUGCUUUCGGAAGCAAGCUUCCAGGAAGCUCUUCAGGAGAGCAUCCCCGGCAUCCAGGCGCGGGAGUGGGCGCCGCUGUGGCUGCUGCGGUACUCGGUCAUCGUUAAAAGCAGGGGAGUUAUCAAGUCAAAAGGCUACAUCUUACAGGCUAAGAGGAAGGGUUCUUAACUGCGUCUUAGGAGCACAUCCUGCUGACUUGUAUUUUCCUUGAACGUGAGACAAAGUUGAGAUGUGUACAGUCUAGUUACUGCCUGCAAAUGGUGUCACUGAGGCAGACAUGCUUUCGUUCUAUUUGACUGGCAAGUUUUGAAUACUUCUCUUGCUUCCGUGUCAGUUCACUCACAUGAACCACUGUAUUGUUUUCAUUAAACUAUUGUUUUCUAAUUGAAAUUGUCUAUAAAGAAAACACUUGCAAUAUAUUUUUCCUUUAUUUUUAUGACAAUAGAAAUCAAGAAAAUUUGUUGUUAGAUAUAUUUUGGCCUAGGCAUCAGGUAUAUAUAUUACAUAUUUAUACAUAUUUUUUAUUUCUAAAAAAUUCAUUAAUUACUCCUUACUCUACAGUAUAACUAAGCGACUUAAUUACAAUUGUUAAAACUGAAAUACUGGAAGAUAUUUUUCCUGUCAUUGAUGAGAUGAUUAUUAUCUCAGCAUAACCGGAGUAGCUGGGAUCCACUAGUAGUGUAAAUAAAAUUCCUUUCUUCAGUACAGGAAUGGAAACUUAAAUUUUUUUAUGUGUCCUUGCUUAUAGUUGACAUAUAACGAUUUAACCUUAUAUUCUUGUGCCAUAUUUGCUCUUGCUUAUUACAAAAACAAGCCAAAGUAAAUCUAUAAAGGAGACUAAAAGCUUUGAAAUUAUUGUUUGGGGUUUUUAUAAAAGCAGCUGUUGUCACCUCCAGACUCUUUUUAAUUCUCAGUCUAUCCUUACUAUUUUGCUGCUCAUCAGGAGUGUUCAGUAGGCAUUGAGCACUUACCAUGCGCUGGGCACCGUGGGCUCUGGAGAGGGGCAGGGGCAUGGGGAUGAAGAGUCAGGUGAGUAAAAUGCGCAGCCUUUGCUCCCCGCUGGUAACCGACUGCAGGGGACUAAAAGCCAAAAGAGGGGUGGAAAAAAUACUUAAUUCAGGGCCAGUGUUGUCUAUUUAGGCAACUUUAUUUGAGAUGUGGUCUUAACUAUUUAAAAGCAAAGCAAUAUAACCAAAACUUUAGAGCUAGAAGAGACUAUAGCUCAUUUAAUAUAAUUCCUCAUUAGUUUAAGAACCAGAAAAUAGCAAAUAAGCUGUGAUCUUUGAUGUAUACCAUAGGUCUUUGUAAUUCUAUAAAUUUGUAUCUGUAACCCAAAUAGUUUAAAAAUUUCUUUAAAAAUCUCUCCUAUCUCAACACUUUUAAACCAUGUUAACACAUGGUUUAUAAAAUGAAAUUAAUUAUAUAAUUAUAUAUAUGUAAACUAAUAUAUAAAACUAAUUUUGCCCAAAUGUUUUCAUCUUAGGAAAAAGAGCUGUGGUUCCAUAUUCAAAAUAAAUACAGUAGACUUUUUUCCUAUCCUAAGUAAGGGUUUAUAGUUUACUAGUUGGAUAAUUUGAUCAUUAGAAUUGUAAUGUGAAAUCAGCUGAUUUACCUGCUAAGACUUGCUUAGACUUUGAGCCUCCUAAAGCUUUAUAUAGCCUUUAUAUUAAUUGUAUGUAAUGUUGUUAAGUGUGUGUAAUUAACUUUUUUAUUUGGAAAUGUACAACAUUUUUUCAUGUAACCUAAGUGUUUAAACAAAUGCUCAUUUUAAUUUUAGCCUAUACAGUGAAUUGGCCAAAAUAUUUUAAGAGGGAACUUUAAUAUCACAUUAUUUUUUAAUACCUUGGACUACAAAAAUGGACUAUUUGAAAGGUUAUUUUGAAAAUAGGAAACAAGGUAUAUUGUUAAUAUAUGCAGACUUGAGCAGGAGCUGUUUUGUGUUUUUCCCCCUACUCUUGACAAAGAAGCAAGAUUAUGGAUUCAUUUUGUGAAGGGGAUCAUGUAUGGCAUUUUAAAAUGUGUUUUGUCUUUGUUUUGCUUCUGUACCUUUAAUUUCUGUUAUUGAAUAACCUUUUGUUUAGAAACUGAUUUUUUUAAGGACUUAUCAUUUCUAAGGUGAUAAGCGUUUCUCUUCUUGGUGAACCAUCAAUAUAGUGACUGCUUCUCAAAUACUUAAGGACUUAAUGUUUAAAAAGCCAUAAAAUAAAAGAGUGGUAAUACUACCAAAUAAUUGCUGAAAGCUAAGUUACUGAUAGUAUAUAUAACAGAUAUUUUUCUGGGGAGAUGUGUAUCCAGCGACCCAAGGUAGAAAGAAUUUAUAUAAUUUUUUUCCCAGUAAACAUGACAAGAAGCCACAGCUUAUUAUUAAAUGUCCAAAAUACACUGGAGCCUUACUUUAACACAGCGUACUGUAACUUGGAAUUCGUCCUGUGAUUAGUCUAUCUUGAAUUCUCAUCUGAGAAACUGUAGUCAACAAAAGGAGCAAGAUGUCUUACAAAAGUUGUUCACAUGGUAUAAAUUCUGAAGACCACAUUGUGCCAGUGUGAUAAUAGAGUAUCCAUUUAGGAAUGGCCAGUGCUAGAACUUGAAUCACAAGUAAUAGCUAAUAAUUUUCCCAUUCACAGAUAAGAUCACUCAGACAGCUAUUUGUGAAAUGGAAAUUGAAGUUACUCUAUUUUGAAUGAGUGGUUCAGACUUUUCCCUACCAGAGCUAAGCAGAAACUGAAAUAGGAUCCUCGAUUUUCAGUGAUAAAAGGUCUAUGGCUCAUUUAAGUAUGUCUCUUUUUAGAACAGAUUUUUUUUCUAACUUUUCCACCCAGCCUUUUUAAUAUUUGGGAAUGUAAGCAAUUGAUAUAUUUAUUGUAUACUGGCCAACAAUUCAUCUUUCUGCCAAAUGUACAUUUAGAGAAAUCUGAAGUUGUUUUAAUUAGAAUUUAAUCUAUUGUGUUUUCAUACUCAAAUAUACCAACUUAUGAUUCCAAACCUAUUUUUUUCCCAAAAUUCCUAACGUACCAGAACUUGUACCUGUUGUUUCCCCAUAAAGUUGGUGGCGGGAUAUGUCAGUUUUAUUUUUAAAAAAUAUGUACUAUAACUUUCAUUAAUACUUUCUAUAGUUUUCAGAGUUAGAAAUAUACCUAGGAGGGGAAAAUGUUUUAAUUAGAUAAUUCUACUUUUAUGUGUCUGUAGUAGUAUACUAUAAAAUAAAUGCAAAAUAUAAAGCAUUAUUAAAUGUUUUUAAUUUUACCUAUAUUAUCAAUUAAGAUAAAGUGUUAGUUGUACAUUUUUUAAUUGAGUUGUUUCAAUAGUUGGAAGCAUACUGGAACAUUAUAUUGAUUUUGAACUAUUUGAACUCAAACUUAGCGUGAUUUGAAAAUAAAUUAUGAAAAAAAUUUAAAUAUCCAGGCCAUAAAAUUAUUCAUACAUUCAUUCAGCAAAGAUUUAUUGAAUGCCUCCUGUGUGUCAGGCAUUGUACAAGGUGCCGGCAGAUAGACACAGAGAUGAAAACAGCCCUAUCUUCAAGGAGCAGAUAAGUAUACUUGGAGAGGGAGAGAGAUCUGUAUGUGAAUGAGAGCAGUGAACAGGUGGCUGCAUCUGUUAAUGAUGGAAGCGGUAAAAAGGGAGUGGGGAAAUGGGGAAGGAAUGGGGCCACCAGGAAGCAGGGUAAGGACAAGAAGUCUCCCCCACAGAAACAAGUGUUAGAGUAAGAUCCGAGGAUGGGGCGUGGGGUGUGCCUGCUGUGUAAAUUUGCUUAUAUUGAAUGGUGAACAGUUUAUGUGUAAACUUCAGAAAUUCAGUGAAAACACUUUAAGAGCUUGUUCUUAUCAGAUAGAAAGGAAUGGCUUCUGGUGAGACUUGUAAGAGUAGGUGAGGUUUGAAAAGUCACAUUUUGUAAAAGACAAAAACUUGCCCCAAUCCCCUAAAUAUAUUAGGAUAUGGCUGUAUGUGGUGUGCCUGUCAGAAAAGUCAAAGAAAACCUUAACAUGUAUCCCUCAACAACGAAUAAAAGUGUAAAAUGUCAUGCAAGA